AUGGCUAUUCUAUCGUUAUUACAACAAUCAUGGCAAGAGCUACACAAAAUAACCUUCAUUCACCUCCUCCCUCUUCUUUUCCUUCUCUCAUUUCUAUAUGUUUUCAAAUGCAUUAGAAGUAGUGGAAAACCCAAUUUACCUCCAUCCCCACCAAAGCUACCAAUCAUUGGCAACCUUCACAAGCUUGGCUCACUUCCACACCGUUCUCUUCAAGCCCUCUCUAAGAAGUAUGGCCCUGUAAUGUUCUUCUACUUUGGCCAUGCUCCAACCCUUGUGAUAUCAUCUGCAGAUAUGGCAAGAGAAAUGAUGACAACACAUGACAUAGUUUUCUCAAACCGGUCAAAAACCACAGCUACCAAUUUCUUACUUUAUGGAUGCACAGACCUAGUGUUCGCACCCUACGGUGAGUAUUGGAGGCAAGUAAAGAAAAUUUGUGUCCUUGAACUUUUGACCCUCAAAAGAGUGCAAUCGUUCCAGAAUACAAGGGAAGAAGAAGUUUCUAUAUUGAUCAAAAAAGUACGUGACUCAUGCCUGAAAGGUGUUUCUAUUAAUCUAAGUGAGUUCUUGAUUGAAACCUCAAAGAACAUCGUUACUAGAUGUGCAUUUGGAAAAAAGUUUGAAGAAGAGGAUGGUAAGGGUAGGUUUUCAGAACUACCAAGAAAGUUAGCGGUGCUACUUACUACCUUUUUUUGGAGGGAUUUUUUCCCUUCUCUAGGUUGGAUUGAUAUUCUUACAGGAAAAAUAGCUAGUCUAAAAUCCACUUUUGGAGAACUAGAUGCUUUUCUAAAUCAAGUGGUUGAAGAACACAAGACAAUGAAAAGUGAUGAUGAACAUCCGAAAAACAAAGAUUUUGUGGAUAUUCUCCUACAUCUGCAAAAGAAUGGCAUGCUUGACUUUGAGCCUACUCAUGACAACCUCAAAGCAAUCCUACUAGACAUGUUUGCGGGAGGAAGCGAAACAACUUCAACAACUUUGGAAUGGGUAAUGGCUGAGCUCAUGAAAAAUCCAAGUAUUAUGAAAAGAGCACAAGAAGAGGUAAGAAGAGUGGUGGGCAGUAAGUCAAAGAUAGAUUUAAAUGAUAUCAAUCAAAUGGAUUAUUUGAAAUGUAUCCUCAAAGAAGGUCUAAGACUGCAUCCGCCAGUUCCUCUUUUGGUACCUCGAGAAACAUCAGCAAGUUUACAAUUUGGAGGUUAUGAUAUUCCACCCAAAACAAGAGUGUUUGUCAAUGUAUGGGCAAUCCAAAGGGACCCUAAACUAUGGGAUAGGCCAGAAGAAUUUUUCCCAGAGAGGUUUAAAGACAACCCAGUUGAUUUCAUGGGUCUAAAUUUCCAAUUUCUCCCAUUUGGAGGUGGGAGAAGGGGGUGCCCAGGAUUGAUAUUUGCUGUUGCUUCUUUGGAAUAUGUGCUUGCCAACCUUUUAUGUUGGUUUGAUUGGAGGUUGCCUACCAUUAAUGCACAGGGAGAAGAUUUGGACAUGACUGAAGUUAAUGCUCUCACAGCAUUUAAGAAAAAUCCUCUCCAUCUUGUACCAACAUUGCACUCUUCUUGA